AUGACGAGCUCACUUGAACUCCCUCCCCUGAACAUGGGUCCAGGCAGACUCUUCGUAAACUCCCAGUUCUGUGCCACAGCCCGAUCACCACCAAAAGACCUCUCCCUCUCCGGGAAGACGGCCAUCGUUUCUGGAGCCAACAUCGGUCUGGGCUUCACUGCCGCACGCCAGAUGCUCGACCACAAUCUCUCAUGCCUUAUCAUCGCCGUUCGAUCCGCUGAAAGAGGAGAAGCUGCCGCGAAGACCCUGAGAGCAAGUCAUCCCGACGCCACGAUCGAGGUCUGGUCUCUAGACAUGCUCUCGUACAAGUCCAUCCAGGACUUUGCCAACCGCUGUUCCACCUUGCCCCGGAUUGACUACGUCAUCUUGAACGCCGGCAUGGUUCAAGAAGACUUCAGGCUCUCGCCAGCGGGUCAUGAGCAUGUCUUUCAGGUGAACUACCUGUCGACUGCCCUUCUCACCAUCCUUCUUUUGCCAGUCUUGAAGUCUAAGAAGACCUCUGGCCAGCCGAGCAGAUUGACAAUCGUCAACUCAGGCACUGCCUUUAUGGCCAAGUUUCCGGAGCAGGACAAAGUUCCCAUGAUAGCCGCAUUCGACGACGGAAAGGCUUUCAAUGCCACCGACCGCUACUCGACGUCGAAGCUCCUGGGUCACCUCUUCAUCAUCAAGCUCGCCGAACACGUCCGAAGGGAAGAUGUCGUCGUAAACCUCGUCGAUCCGGGUCUCUGCAAAGGAUCAGGACUUCACCGCCACGUCGGUAGUCUCAUCAAAACGAUAGCGGAAGUGGGAAAGAGCUUGACGGGGAGAACUCUCGAUGUCGGGGCGUCUACAUACCUUGAUGCAGCUGUCGUUAGAGGAGAAGAAACUCACGGAAGCUAUCUGAUGGACUGGAAAAUCUUUCCCUUUGCCAACUUCAUCUAUACGCCACAGGGCAAGACCGCUCGAGAGCAGUUGUGGGAGGAGACUUUACAAGAAUUGGACUUUGCUGGGGUGCGCUCGAUCCUUCGCUCCAUGCAGUAG